AUGGGUAAUGGAUGGCAGGGAGGGCAUGGGAUGCAGCACCACGGCGGUGGGCACGGAAUGCAGCACCACGGUGGUGGGCACGGGAUGGAGCACCACGGCGGUGGGCACGGGAUGCAGCACCACGGAGGGCACGGCAUGCAGCACCACGGCGGGAUGAAGCACCAAAACAAGCUUAUGGCUCCUCAGGUUCCACCACACCAUGUCUUCAUGAUUCCCGGUCAUGGUAGUGGCAAUGGCCAUGCAAUGGUGGUGAAGGAGAAUUGGCGAGUCAGCAACAGCAGCAGCACCCACCACAAGGCCGGGUGGGGGAGUAAGGGGCUUUGA